GCAAUGUCUAAACUUCAAUAAAUACUUUAUAUAUAUAAAAAAAGAUAGACAGGGCAGACCCGGUGUCGAUCUCCAUGUCACAUGGAGCUCCUUCAAUGAGUACCGUGACGUUCAGCUUGCGUCGCGUAGGCGAGUCGGUUUGGCCAAUCGUGGUUCCAGAUGGGCAGCAGCAAUUGGUGAGAGCGAAACAGCUUUCCUUGGCGGACUGUAGUGAAGACUUGGACUUGCGAGUCGGUGAAGGGGGGGUGUCGGACGGAGCCGAUCGGCAGACCUUAGUGAUGUGGCCCCUUUUGGAUCACGUCCGACAGAUGGCAUCUCUGAAUCGACACUUGGCACGGGAAUGGUUGCCUCCGCAGCCGGCACAUUCCAAUUGGCCCUUGGACUUCUGUUGGAACUUCCUGCGCUCCCGCUUUGUCUGGUGCACGUCAUCGUCUUCACUGGAGGAUGCAUCAUCACUGCUGGCCUCUUCGUGAUGCACUGGAACUGGCUUCCUAGCAAGAUGCAGGCUGCUGGCCUUGCGGAUCUCCUGGGUGGAGUGUUCAGCAGCUUCCGAGGCCACAGCCUCCUCAAUGGCUUUCUGCAGCGUGAUGUCUGGCUUGGCGAGGAGACGCCGUUGCAGAUGGAUGUCCUGGACGCCGCAGACGAUUCAAUCCAUCAGGGCAUCGUCUAAGUCUCAGAACUCGCAGUGCAUUGCAGCCUGUCGGAGGGCGGUGGUGUAGUUGUUAAUUGACUCCCCCUAUGCCUGGUUCUGGUGGUAGAAUGCAUGGCAGGCAGCAAUCUUGGACGGCUUUGGUGCGUAGUGGUUGCGGAGCUUCUCUUGAAUCGUGUCCCAUGGUGUUGCCUGGACUGUUUCAGGCGCAACCAAUGCUCGGGCCGUCUCAAACACCUCAGGCCCACAGAGGCUGAGGAAUAGGCCCCGCUUAUGCUCCUGUGAUACUUUCAUCAGCUCGUUGGCUUGGAGGUAGCAGUCGAACCGAGCGAGGUAGGAGUCCCAUGAUUCAGAGGCUGGCGCAAAUGGCGGUAGAGACACAAGUGAAGCCAUGGUUCCGAUGUGGGGCGAUGGAUGGAACACAGUGCUCUAGCCAGGACAGUCAGCUCUGAAUUGGUUCUGUUCAGUGAUUUCUCUCGGUGUUUCAGCUCAGUGAUUCAGCUCUGCUCAGAGGGUGGCUGCAUCUGGCUGUGCUCUGUUGUCCAUCCAUCCCAUCCUCGUCGUCAGUGUUAAGUUGUGGGUGAACAUAUCAGACGACACAGCGAUUCUUCAAACAGCUCUUGUUUAUUCACAGGCCAGAACAGAACUGAACUGAACUGAAGGGUUCAGUCAGCCUGCUUUAUAGAGCUCCCAUACAACGUUACUGUAACAACUUCCUAAAACUAUCCAAUCUCUGAACGUCACUUUCGAUCCCUUAUUUGCAUAACUAUCUACAGUAUCCCCCUGCUGGCCCAGGGUGAGAACUUCAGUACAUAACAGUGGGCAUCCGGUGGAAGGAGGCUGGCAUCGGAAAGGGUGCAGGGAGAGUGGGCGGGGGAGACACGAGCCCAGAGGUUUGGGCCAGAAGAUAAAAAUAAAACUCCAUGAGCCCUUGGGGAAAAGCAAAGCAGCCAAACCACCAAGGUGCCCAAACCCUGACUUCUGCCAGUCCAGGACACUCAGUACCAAUGUCUUUUGCGGUCAAAAGCAAGGGAGGGGGAGAUGCCACCCUCAGGAAAUCCAGCUUCUGCAUGUUGUGCAGUCUUUAGCAGGUUGUAGCAUCUGGAAGUCUGCAGAGACCAACUCUGGGGCAAAAAGGGGCCCCCAGACACUGGAAACUGAUGGACAAAUCUCCAGGGAGGGUCUGUCUGAGAGGGUCCAGCGUCCUGAGGAAAGGGAGGCACAACCCCAAACCCAGACAGGGGCUGCCUCCCCACCAUGGCUGCUGUGGCUGCUGCUGCAGAUGAAUGGAGGGCAUUUGCCCUGACGCCACUUGGAACAGGCAAGUGCAUCUCGGGGCCGGACCAAGUUUCCAGUGCUGCAGGGGUGCCCAAGCCUGCAGGUGGCUUGUUUGUUUAACCCACAGCGCCACCUGCGUCCCUCUGAUCCAAUACUAGCCCUACUCAAAACAGACCCAUUGAAAUGAGUGGACAUGAAUAACUUGGGCCCAUUAAUUUCAAUGGAUCUACUCUAAGUAGGGCCAGUAUAAUCCUUUCUUGCUAGUGAGUCACAUGAUACACAGAAUCACUGCUGUUCUGUCACCAAAAUGUGGAGAAGAAAAAACCCAGAAGCGAGUAACUGUAGUACAGUGGUACCUCAGGUUAAGUACUUAAUUCGUUCCGGAGGUCUGUACUUAACCUGAAACUGUUCUUAACCUGAAGCACCACUUUAGCUAAUGCAGCGCCGCCGGAGCACGAUUCCUGUUCUCAUCCUGAAGCAAAGUACUUAACCCGAGGUAAUAUUUCUGGGUUAGCAGAGUCUGUAACCUGAAGCGUAUGUAACCUGAGGUACCACUGUACCAGCAGUGAAUAAGGUUAAGAGAAGUAGCCUUCUAUUCUGCCUUGGGGAGACCACCUGCUCAAGAGGAGCUGGGGGGCAACUAAUAAGCAACAGUCUCCUGCAAGGCAGCGAAGUAUAGCAAGAAUCAUGACGAGGAGGUUCAUUGGUGCUUCAGGCACAGCAGAAACAAGGGCAGCAGUUGCAGCAACGGGCAAUGAGACAUUGGGAACAUAUUUGAAGAUCUUGUUUACACUGUGGUGGCAGACACCCGACCGUCGUAUGUUUUUGCAUACAGCCGCAGACCUUGCUGUUGUCUCGCCGUCGCCAUUUCCAGCCACCUUGUAUCGAUCUUAUCGACGGCGAUGCCUUAUUCUUUAUCACAUGCGGGCCUUUGCAAAUUUGUCCUUCCACCCCGUGCCUUUCUUUCUCUGCAUCGUUUUCCUAUUUUGUACCGAACGGCGUCUCCUACUCCGCAGCGCGCUUGGACCGAUCUGGAUGAAAAGUUGCUAGGCGCGGAAACCCCGCCACGCACUGCAAGUUGGGACUGUGUGGAGGCCGCGUUCUUGUCACGGGAAGCGGGGCCGGGGCUCGUUUCUCAGAAGAGACGACGGCGCUCCGGCUUGCGAGGGCGGGGAGGGGCGAGUCCGUGUUCCGACAGCAGGCGACCCUUGCAGCGCUGGCCGCCCCUUUCUGAGCCUCCAGCUGGCGCUGCGCUCCUUGGCAAGCGGCUAGCGGGGAAGAGCCGCCUCGGUGUCCCCACGUAGCCUCGAGGGCGUCCUUCCCACCACCUCGGCGGCUCGCUCCGCGCCUCCUUCGACACCAGCAGCCAGCUCGCUCGCUGCCGGUUGUGUUUCGCCUCGGCGGUUCCCGGGGCUCCAGCGCGCAGCGCCUUCCCGCCCUUGGCGCGGCGCCCUCGGCCCGAUUGGCUGGCGGGGCGCGCCGCGGGGCUCGGCGUCGCGCUGCCGGGACGGCGCCUUCGGCGGCGGCGAGCGAGGCUGGCGCGGGGCUGCCGGCCAUGAGGGCGCCGGCGCGGCUGCUGCUGCUGCUGCUGGCGGCGCUGCUGCUGCUGCUGGGGCGCGGCUGGGGCGCGCGGUGCCCGGCGCGCUGCGACGUGUCGCGGUGCCCGAGCCCCGGCUGCCCCAGCGGCUACGUGCCCGACGGCUGCAACUGCUGCUUGGUGUGCGCGGCGGGCGAGGGCGAGGCGUGCGGCCGCGCCGAGGACCCGCCGUGCGGAGACGACCUCCAGUGCCGCUUCCCGGCCGCGGGGCUGGGCCAGGGCCCCGGCGUGUGCCAGUGCCGGCUCCGCGCGCCGGUGUGCGGCAGCGACGGCAGGACGUACGCCAACGGGUGCCGCCUCAAGAGCGCCGAGCGCCAGGCUCUGCAGCAGGGGCUGCCGCCCGUCGUGCCGGUCCAGAAGGGCGCCUGCGGAGCCGGUAAGAGCCGCGCGGACCCCCGCCAGCCCCGCAAACCCCGAGGCCAGGAAGAAGCCAGGGCCAAGCGGAGAGCCCGAAGGGAGAGCAGCCGCUUAGUGGCCGCCUUCUCCUCCAGCCCCCAGAGAGCCGCAGACCCUCCGGGUCCUGAUCCUGAUCCGCUUGCUGCUGCGAGAGAGAAAUACGGAGCGGGGUGGGAGCUUUAGACGCAGGACUUUGAAGGCGGCCUGACAGCUGUCGCUGCUCCAGCGUGGUGGUCGCUGUGAUCUCACUCCGCCCUGCCGAACAGGUUUUGUAUGCUUCUGUGGCGCUUCAGAAACCUGCAACACCUGUUCCACCAGAGAGAAUAGCAGUGCAAAAGACGAGUGCGUGUGUAUGCACGCGAUGCGCAACUUGCAUAGUUCCGCCUUCAGCUGUUUUGUUGCCGACAGCUUUCUUGUUGAGCCAACCACCGUAGGCAAGCUUUUUAUGGCAGUGCGCAAUUCCUGACGGGGCAUUCUUCUGGUGAAGGCAAUGCUUGAUUCCAUUAAAAGACAAAAAACGUACUGAUUUGUGCCACGUGCCAACGUGGCAACAGAACCGAUUUGGGAGCAGCCUCUCCAUGUAAUAACAGCUCAGUAGGGAAAUGAGAAGGAUUUAAUGCACUGCAUUAACUUCUCUCUCCGGUGGGGGAGCACGUACUACUGGCAGCAUCUCAAGAACGUUUUGUUCUGACAUGGUUCCUUCUGUCAGCUGAACCCUUUUCAGUUCCCUUCCUAGUGCAUCAUGCCAAACAAAGCCUAACAGUAAGCCUCUGAUCUUCAAAAAGUUAUACAUUUAGAGGAUUAUAUUUUCACAUUGACCUGCAUGCAGUGGGAAAGGGGCUGGGAGCGGAGGUGGCUCUGCGUCCAAAACAAGAAAAGCAAAGCAAUCUAGCUAGGGUCAAACCGCAUGUUACACUGCGGCACUCAGGGCUGGCCCACCCACCAGGCAAAGUGAGGCAACCAGCUUGGGUGGCAGGAUCCACAAGGGCAGCAGAUCUGGCCUCCAAGGAAUGCCAGUGGCAGUUGUGGCACACUUCUCGGAGGCCGGAUCUGGCACCUCCUUGGCAGCCCCCCACCCACUGCCGCCUCUACAAUGACUUUUUGGCAAAUAGGAGGCGCUGCUGGUCUCCUCCCACUCUUGUUCCUAAUGCAGAUCCUUAUUCCCCACUUGCUCCUGAUCUAGAUCAUCGCUCACUCCUUCCCUAGCAGGGUGACAAACCCACUUUGUGGUUCACUUCAAAUGCCUUGGGCCAGCUCUGGCAGUAGCAUUAAAUCAAAGCUGCAACAACAAACUAAGACGUGCCGUGAACAACUAUUGGCAGUGGCACAAAUUGUAGUUCCAUGUUCUUGUGGGACCCACUGUGGGUCACAGACUGAUCUAAAGUGGGUCACAUUAAAACAAGCAACACUAUCACCAUUUUGAGAUAGGAUAAAACAUUAAGAAGUGGGUCUCUAAAUACAUAAUUUGGGUGCUGUGUGGUGGCAUCUCUCCUCCCUUCCCUUUGUGUAUUGUGCUCCAAAAUGGACCAACGUACGGGGACUUCCAACUCCCCCCUGGACAGAUGCCUCUAGUAUUAUGUUGGUGGUGCUUGUGUCACUGGAGCUGAUGGCUUGGUGGUGCUGUGAUGUGUCCUUCAUCAACCUCUCUCCAUGCAUGUGGGUGAUUUCAGCAGCACACUCUCCAGAUCUGCCUUUCUCAACCUUGGGUCCCCAAAUGUUCUUGAACUUCAACCACAACUCCCAUCAUCCCUCACCACUGGCCAUGCUGGCUAGGAAUGAUGGGAGUUGUAGUCCAACAACAUCUGGGGACCCAUGGUUGAGAAAGGAUAUUCCAGUUGGUGGGCACAGGCAGUGUUUCAAGGGGCACUAGGGAAGCAAGCCUAGAGACUAGGUUGAUGUCUCUUGUUUCCAUAAUUCUUCUUGUUAUGGAAACAAAAAGAGUUGUUGGGUGAGCAGAGUUUGUUUGGAUCCUGGGUGAGAACUCGGAGAUUGAGAGGGAGCAUAUGUCAUCAAUGGAACAUUUUAAUACGUAAUGGUGUAAUUUUGUAAUAUUUGUCUGUUGCUUUUUAAGCUUUUAGUACACCGCUUAGAGAUGUUUUAAACAUAUUAAGCAGGAUAGAAAUUAAUCAAUGCCUUCACUUCUAAAAUGCUAUUUUAGUAGGAUUUGGCAGCAGCUAUUUUUUUGGCAUAAUAGUUGCGUACCUUCCCCCAUAUCCUGCAUCCUGGUGUAACUAGGGUAUAGGAUUGCCCUGUAAGUGGAACUGAUGGGUUUUUUUUCCUCGAAUCAGAAACCCCAGUUGAACUAUUUUUGGCAAUUGGGUAACAUUUUCAGAUAGCAUGUAAAAUUUACAUGACACACUUUUAAAAUUUUUGUUUAGCAACUUAUGUCAAACAUGCUAAAUCAGAUCUCCUUGGUUUUAGGACAGUGGGAAGUUUUUUUGGGGGAAACUUUCCAUUCAGUUUUUCCCAGAAAACCCACAUAAUCUGCUAGAAAUACAAACACUCAAACAAUAACAUUAUUUUCUUUUCCGGUUGUUUCCUGCAAGUUUCAGACAGUUUCAAAAUGUUUACUUUGGUUUUCUGUGUGUACAAGUAAUACCAUUUGAAAAUUCUAAAAACAGCAUUUCAUAGUUCUGUGGCUGAGUCAUGAAAACAUGUGCACAACGGGCUGUGAUCUCUUUUGUUUUUGAAGAAGAACUGUUUUACCCUGUAAAUUAAAGCCUCUUAGUAAUGCAGAGAGAGAGAGCCUCUGAACACAAUAUUUGGAGGUUGGCAAAGAGAGAAAAAAAGCCAUUAUCUUAGGCUGCAUACACACAGCAGUUUAAAAUGGAUUCAGUGUGUCCAUGUUUUUACACUCCCCUCCAUUUAAUUUGGAUUUCCCUGAUCCACAGAUAAUGUGGUUUGUGUGUGGGGGGGAGGGGAAUCAACAUAUAAUUUCAUUUUACCCAACUGUGGACAUAUUGAAGAGUAUUGUGUGUGAGGGACGGGGUUUAACCUAUGUGCUGAUGUUUUGUUGGAUAUCACGACAUUCCUCAGUGGGUUGCUGGUGGGUUGAGAGCAACACAUAUUUUAUGUAAAAAAACCCAACCCACUGUUUUGUGUAAGUGUGCUAUAUCACAAAACUUGUAUUUCAAAAACAUUUUUUUUAAUAAAAAAAAUGCCCACCCACAAAUAUUCUCACAGCAGACCUCACAACACUUUUAUUGCCAUCAUCAUUAUUAAAUAAAUUUAUAUGCUGCCUUUCAACCCAAGAUCACAGGGUGGUUGAAAUUCUGAUGGGAAUCCAACUCACAGGUGGGGAAUGCGCUGUUGUGCUCAGGUGCUGCUUUCGGGUGUCUGAUUGGUCAUGGCAAAAACAGGAUGCUGGACUAGACGGGCCAUUGGCUCAAUCUAGUAGGCUCUUCUUAUAUUCUUGGGACCUAAGUGCAACCACAUUCUCCCCAUUUGUGAUGCCCAGAAACUGGUACACUGAAGAUGGAACAUGGUUAAGAGCGAAUGAUAGGCUUACAGUGGUACCUCUGGAUGUGAACGGGUAGACCAAAUGAUGCCUCCAAAAUGAAAACACAAAAUACAUACAAGAAGAAGAAGAAGAAGAAGAAGAAGAAGAAGAAGAAGAAGAAGAACAGAACAACAACAACAACAGAAACAGAAGCAGAAACACUACCCCACACACAUUUAAAAGGACAUAGAAUCAGCCAAAGGCUUGGGUGAAGAGGAUUGUUUUUGCCUGGUGCCUAAAAAUAUGUAGUGAAGGUGCCAACGAACCUCCCUGGGGAGAGCAUUUCACAAACAGGGAGCCACUGCAGAAAAGACCCUUUCCCUUGUUGCCACCCUCUGGGCCUCAUGUGUUGGAGGCACAUGAAGAAGGGCCUCAAAUGAUUUUCUCCAGGUCUGGAUUAGUUCAUCUGGGGAUAGGUGGUCCUUUGUGCAAGUCUGAUAUAAUGGAAAACUUGUAUUUCAAAAAUGGAAAAGAAUUGGCUGUGUGCACAGUUAAACAAAUAUGCCCACAAUUGACCUCAGGUUUCCAGAAGUUAUGGUGGGUGGGGAAAUACCAACUGAGGGGAGAGGACAACACCACAGGGUGCAAAUAAAUGCAGCUCAUCUCACUAGUGUGGACAGGAAGCCUCAAGACCUUGAGAGUUUAAUUGAAUGCUCAUGCGUGCACAAAAGCACACCCGGGAAAAUCAAAGUUGUGUGGUUCACGUGCACUUUAGACCUCUCUGGAGUGCUGGCAGGGUGUAGAAGUAUGAAUGGUGGCUGAAUGUAUAAAAUGCCUUUUUUGUUUGUUUAAUGAGGAAUAACUUUGAUGGAGGAUUUGGAAUCACAAUAAAUAUGCAUAGAAAGGAAAUGGGUGUUGGGAAAUUAAAAGGUGAUGGGAAAACACACAUAGGAGCUUGAAGUAUAUACUUACUGAGAGUCAAAGCCCAAAGCAGGGGGCAGCAUAUACUUAUUAAUAAAUAAGAAAUUUAAAUGUUAAUAUAAAUUCAAAAAUUGAACUUGCGCUGAAAGUUAUAAAGUUGACCUCUGGCAAGUAAAGAAAACUUUUUGAAAUGUUGCCAAUGGAAUUUGUCCAUCCCCUUCAGAAUCUGCUUCCUUCAUUUAUUUUCUUUGAAGAUAUUUUUUUAAAAGCAACUUUCAGCGCAACAGGUUCAGCAUGGAAUAAAAUAAUAAUUAUGACUCAUGUCGUCUGAGGAAAUGAGAUGUUAAACUGUUAAAAAAAUGAACCACUAGUCCAGAAUAAACAAUAUUUUUUUUAAAAGCUUAAAACUCCUUCCUAAUGUUGGAGUAUUUGAUGUGCUCCUGUAGAGAAGCAAAACAAAAACAUAGCAUUUUAAAAGAAAAUAAUAUUCCUCCCCCACCAAGUACUUCUGGGAACUUAUUUAUUUCUAAUUACACUUUUCACAUUUCCUGUAAUGAUGAUGUCCUCAUGCAGAAUGACAAACAAACAAAAUACAGGGACAAUUUUUGUUUCUCUGAGAAACUAACCAAAAAUCUUCCAGGAGAAAAAAAUACCUUUACAUUUAUAUUGUUAUUUUGUUUUUUCACACCUUAUAUUAAAAAUUAUUAUUUGCUUGAUUCUGAAGAGCUGAGACAAAAUAAAAUACAGGACAUGACCAUUUUACACACAUCAGAUUGACUGCUGACCGCCCAUCACCACGGGUCUGGAAGUGGCCCAAAAAUGGGGCGGGGCUGGGGCUGGGGCGUAACAUGCAUUCCUAUUAUGUAGAAAUAAGCAAAAUCCCUAUUGAUUUCUAAUUUCUUAAUAACACUUCCCUUUAUCUUUGCUAGUAUAGAUCAUCAACAGCCAAACAGCCCAAGGUAUAAGUUUAACUUCAUUGCAGAUGUGGUGGAGAAGAUUGCACCAGCAGUUGUACAUAUAGAACUUUUCUUAAGGUAAGCUGCUGGCAUUUAUGAUUAAAAGUAAAAAUGCUGUGCAAGUACAUACCUAGUUUUGAUGACAACAGGAAAGCGCAACACUACUUUGCCACCAUUGGGGAUUCGACUACCGGCGGCUGGGGGCAGGGGCGGGCUUAUGGUAGAUUUCCUAGAUUUCUUUUGAUUUCCUUCUCUUUACUUUGUGCUCAUUCAACCGUUCUGUUGAGGUGGAUUUUGCACAUGUCCAGGAUGUCCGAUUUAGAGCAGAAUACUGUCAGCAACACACACACAAAUUGCGCUGCAUGCUCAGGCCCGGCUAGCCAAUUGGAUGGAGCUGGAGGCACAGACACUCCACGGAAGUGGCCUAGGCAGAACCAAGGAGUGGAUGAAGAAACAUGGGUUUUCUGGAGAAGGUUCCAAGAAAAAAUAUGUAUACAAUGUGCACAAGUAUGGACUCUCAGGUGACAAACAGAACGCUGAAAGCUUGGAUUUUACCAGCAAGGGUAGAUGGCCCUAAAACCACUAACAGCAAUGGGUGGAGUUGCACAGUAAAUAGUAACUGAGCAUUUUCCAUAGAAAAUCUUUCCAGUAUUGAGUGGUUACUGUUUUGGUGCAUUUAAUCACCCACCAUCUGUUUGUAGUGCCCAUUAGAUCAACUUACUUGUGGUGACUUUAGCUCUGCCUCUUGUACCUCAGGAAACCUGUUGGCAGAGGAAAUGGGGGGACGUUCACUGUACUCACUGUGAGCUUUUACUGUUUAACCUGAGGGAAAAUUUACAAAAAGGGAGAAUAGCAGAAAAGUGUCUCAUUUUAAAAUGUGGAUGUCAGAGCACUGAUAUUUUUGUAAAGAAGAUUCAAAAUUUUGGGACUAAAUCACCCAGUUUCUCUUUAUUUUCCUGAAAGCGGGCAGACGAUCCCACAGAGUUGAGGGUCGUUUAACCCAUUUCCCCUCCAAAUCAGUUCUCCAAUGCAAAUCACUCAACAGCCCCCCCCAAAGUCGCCAUUAGCCAUGGAGGGGGGGAAAACAUGCAUUUUCUCACUGUACUUGCAUGUUUUCUUCUCAGUAGCUAAUACCAACCAGAGAGGGUACAGGGGUGAGGAAUUAACCAACCUCAACCCCCAGACUUUAUCCUCAAUUCAAAUUGGGAACCCCUUGAAGGUGUUUUUACAAAAGUAAAAGGGCAUUGUGAGAUCUUCACUAAGAUAAAGUGGCUGGUAAAAUAAGCAUUAACAACAGCCCCCCAAAUAUAAUACAUAACAAUAAAACAGGAUCAGGUAAAACCCCAGAUCUCCCACAUCAUGUGUAGUUUGGCCUUGGGAUAUGGGCUACUGAGAAGAAAAAGGAAUUGGGAAUUACCGUAUUUUUCGCCCCAUAGGACGCACUUUUUCCCCUCCAAAAAUGAAGGGGAAAUGUGUGUGCAUCCUAUGGGGCGAAUGCAGGCUUUCACUGAAGCCUGGAGAGCGAGAGGGGUCAGUGCGCACCGACCCCUCUCGCUCUCCAGGCUUCAGGAAGCUCUCCGCAAGCCUGGGGAAGCCUGUGAGAGUUCCCGCCGGGCUCCCUAGACUUGCAGAUAGCAGCCUGUUCUGGGGGCGGGGGUCGGGGGAAGCUCGGGCUUCUCCCGCCCCAGCCCCACGCCUGUGGGGGAAAUAAUUUCCCCCCCCCCAAAAAAAAACUAGGUGCACCCUAUGGGCCGGUGCGCCCUAUAGGGCGAAAAAUACGGUACCUGAUUAUGGCUGACUUUUGUUUGGACAUAUAAGCUGUAGCUGCUGUUUCAGGUGGAUGCUUAAAGAUGGGUUGCUCCUGAAGGCUGUCUGCAGGACCAUCACUAGUAUAGUGUCUGGAUGCUUGUUGUGGGGCAUGUGCUGGGAUUUCUAUGGCAUUUUAUGGGUCUCUUGUGUUAAUACCUUUUAGCAGCUCUGUCAUCCCAGCCAUUUCUCUGGAGAAGAGGCACUGCCCUCUUUUUGUUUCUGGGGAAAGGGUGCAGAUCACGGUUGUGGCCUGCUUAUUUUUUCUCGGUGAGGUUCAUUGAUUAAGAGGUGGCAUUUUUUUCAGGCAUCCUCUGUUUGGGCGGAAUGUUCCUCUUUCCAGUGGAUCUGGGUUUAUUGUGUCAGAUGCAGGUUUAAUUGUAACCAAUGCCCACGUGGUGUCAAGCAGCUCCACAGUCACCGGGCGACAACGAUUGAAAAUCCAGCUGCAGAAUGGAGAUACAUAUGAUGCAACAAUCAAAGACAUUGAUAAGAAAUCUGAUAUAGCGACGAUAAAGAUUAAUCCACGGGUAAGUAGGGCAAAGGAAGUGUGCCCAAUAUUUGCAUUGAAACCUGAGGCUGCUGACACUCCAUAGUUGCCUUAGACUCUCACUGUUUUAUGGUAAGGAUUCAGUCACAUACCUGAAAUUGCGGUUUUCACGAAUAAAGUGGAUUAAAGUACUCUGGUGCAACAAAUCCACUUUUAAAAAACACCCACACCUUUUGUUAGGAAGGAGAGUGAUGGGGAAAAGCAAGAAAAGUGUGAGAUAACAGUUCAAGGACAGCAAAGAAAUCAGAAUAGUUGCUCAGGAAAGAGCUGCGUUUGUGUCUCUUGUAACAACUAGUUUUUCCCUAAGAAGGUAGUGAUUUUAGCAGGGUUAAAGUGCGUUGAGGUAGAGGGUGCUUCUCCUCUUGGAUCUUAUCUUAAUAGGCAUGAAAUGCAUCACAAGUGAAACAUUCCACAAAUGGAAAUUUCUUACAUUUUGCCAAGUUCCUUUCAAGUGAUUUAGAUUGAGAACAGAUUUGUAGAUGAAUGUGCACUCCGAAACGCCUAAAACAUAAAUCAUAGAUGGUACAGUGACUGUAUUUCCUGACAAGAUGUUGGAAGCAAGAGGAAAAGGGAAACCCAGAUUGAUUUCUAAACUCCAGUUCUUUCAUAGCGCUGUUCAUUAUGAAAGACACAAAGAAGUAAAGUUUAAAUUCAUGAUAGAUUUACCACCACCGCCUGCAAUUACUUCAUGAAGUGGCUUGGAAAAAGCUGAGAAACUCCCUUUACUUCAAAAGAUAUUGGUAAAUAGCAUAAAUUAUUCCAAACCAGUUGGAAUUAAUUCCCAUCCCUGAUUGGGAGUACAAUGGUAUCUGCUCACCCCACCCAUAAGCCUCUGUUGAGAUGUCAGGAGCACUGCAAACAAUAUUCCCCAACAGUCUUUGGGAUCAACAGAGCAGUGCUGGGAGGAGUACAGGUGUGGUGGAGAAGGAAGGAGAGAGAUUUCUCCCCACCUUCAUGGUGGGUAAGAGAGUGCAAUUGAGUUCUUCCCUGGCUUGAUUUAAAUCUGAGCCAUGGGGAAACUGGAGUGGGGGUUAUAAUGUUCAUCUUGUAUGUGAGAGCAGCAGCCACAAUUCAUAAUAUGAACCUGGGAGUUAUUAUUUUCAGUGGCAUCUCUAGUUUAACGUUGAGAAUUGGACUGAAAACACAACGUUGGUGUCCUGGUGGUCUUUAUGCAAUUUUCUUGUGGGGCCGUAUGUAAAUUUUACUAACAUUUCUGCACCGAUACAUCCCAAGAUCUUGGAGUGUUCAAGGCCAAGUUCCAAAAGCAACAGUUGCUGGGAAAGGAGAUCGGGCUUAGCCAAGAUGGGGGGUCCUCUGCAGUGAGCUCAAGCUGGGGCCUGGUGGUUCCUGAGGCCCUGGUCCUUGGGGUCAGUUUACAGAGUUGUCAGUCAGGUGUCAGGAUUAGUUCUGCGGCCUUGAAAAGCAGAGAUUGAUCUGCAAAGCUUGUGGCAGUCACACAGUAUGGGUGGUGCAGAGCAUAAGGCCACGGGGCUUGGCUCCUGGGAACCCGGUAGCUUGCCUUGAGUAGUGCAGACUUAGUCCAAAGUCACCCCGUGAGCUUCAUAGUUCUUCAUAGUUCUACCCUGUCCCUAGUUCUGAUACAUUACUAAAAAAAAUUCUGGGAAUGUUAUGGUUUGCUUUCCUCUGCUCAAAUGCAACCACUGUCUUUAUCUCCUAGAAAAAGUUGCCUUUCCUUGCCAUGGGCCUGUCUGGGGAUCUGAGGCCUGGUGAAUUUGUUGUGGCCAUUGGGAGUCCCUUUGCUUUGCAGAACACAGUGACAACAGGGAUUGUCAGUACAGCCCAGCGGGAUGGCAAAGAGCUUGGCUUGAAGGAUUCUGACAUGGAUUAUGUUCAGACAGAUGCUAUCAUCAAUGUAAGUAAAUCCUCUGAUUUCAGGAAAUCUCAAAAUCUAUGAAGGACCAGAGGUGAUGAUUUUUAAUCAGUCCAACUACUGAGAAAGAACAUAGUAUUGGAAGGUUUUCCAGUAAUAUCACAGUUUACAGUUUAUCCAAUUUACAGCAGUCCAGUACAUUCAAUACAUCUUUUGACUACAGGCAACUCCCAAUUUAUGCAGGAGUUACGUUCCCAGGCACGACAUGUUGAAGUGAAAUCGCAUAUAUUUGAAACACCACUGAAAAAGCCUGCAAAUACCCCAGUUCUACCCCUUUUUGUGACAUUUUUGUAACUUUUGGGGUGGCUUUGGGUUGGGAACAAUGCCUGUGUGGACAGUCAUGCACAUUGAACAUGCUUAAAAUGGCAGCUGCCUGUAUUUCAAAGAAACUGUGAAAGUGGUAUGUAUUUAUGAAAUAACAAAGGCUGCUUAAUAUUUUCUAUUUUACUGGUGUUGAUGAAUCAUUGUUUAACCUCUGUCCUUGUUUCUUAAGAAAAAGCAACUUGUAGGACUUGGCAAAUUGUUUUGCAUUGGCUCAUUAUUUUAAUGUUUCAGCUUAUGUUCUUUGCAGGAGGAGGACUCUAGUCCUAUUUCCUGAUCAGCAGGGCUACCUUAACCCUGACCACUCCCAGCAGCAGCGUGGCAUCUCAGACUCAGUCAGAGCCCCUGAAAGGGGUGCUGUAGACCAACAGCCGUUAACCUUUUCAGACCUGGGGCCCACCUUUAACCCCAAAAUGCACUUGGUGAUCCCAUAACUUAAUUUUUACCACUUAUUUGUGUGGUGGUAGCGCUGCUGUUGCGACCUAUCUUAGAUCAGGCUGUGACCCUGUAGUGGCUAUACUGAUGAUGGCUUGAGAACCUUCAUUUUCUCUGGUUGUUCCAUUUCUCUGCUGCCUGACCAUCCCUGUUGGGCUCAGCUGCCAUUCUCUCAUCUGGGAUGUGGUGGGGUCUCCAGCCAUAAAGUUCCUGGGAAGUGGAAGGCAACCAACUCCUGGUCUUUCCAGUGACUCACACAGCCCAUGCAUGACAGGCCAGGCAAGUGUAAGCUCUGAGAAGGAUGGGAUUGGGAGGGCAACUCUGUGUCCGCCCACAUCAGGCAUGUCUGUCAUUCUCCAGUGAGGCAAAAAGCUGAGGUGCCUUAUAGAGAUGCAGAUGCAGAAAGCGCUAAGAUUGGCCUCACACAUUUGUGUUUUCCUAGCUGUCCCAGUAAUUUUAGCUGAACUGCCGUCUUGCUGAAACUUGCAGCUUGUGCAAGGGAAUGAACCUGUGUCUUUAUGUCUGCAUAUGGUGCAUGCAUGUGGUUGCUGUUGGCAUCUGUCUGUCUCGAGAGACAAUGGAGUGCACCCUUUAUAGGUGAAGUCAAACCGCUGCAUUAGCAGCACUGAAGUGACCUCCCUGUGAAGAAAAUGAGUCUAAGGUGCACACAGCAGCUUUUGUGGGGCAGAAAAUACAGAAUUGCUGCCUGAUAAAGUAUGCUUCUUUGAAAUAUGAUGUUCACUUCCUGAAAGUAGCCAUAAUGUUUUCUGAUAUUGUUUUGCAGUACGGAAACUCAGGAGGACCUCUGGUAAACUUGGUAAGGACAGAUUACUUUAAAGGAGCUUGAUAAGCAUCUGUCUGCUUUCAUUUAUCAGACUGAAUAGUUUUUUUCAAAAAGGGACAGUUACCCAAAUUGCCAUCUUGAUAGUCUCAGUUUGGCCAAUAACGUAGGAGUUGUUUCAUGUAGUGGCUGGAGUGCUAGACCUGGGAGGCCAAGUCUCCACUUGACCAUGACGUUCACUUGGUUAUCAUGAGUGUGGGAAGGACAGGUCUAUCCACGCAUUGAUGAUACCCAGCCUUGUUUCCUCCUCUAAUUUAACCUAAUUCCCACAGUCUUUAAGUCUGUUGUGAAUGGCAGCGACAUUCCAAGCUCUCAAGCAGAGAAAGGACUUUUCCAGCCCUGCUCUGCAGGAUUCCUUAACCAGAGAUACCAGGGACCGAACACGAGACCCUGGGCGCGCAAAGCCUGGGCUCCACCACUGAGCUGGGGUAGGUGCCCUGGGUCUCUUUUGUGACAUCCAAAAAUGCUGUGGAAGCCCAGCCCACUGGUCCAUUGGGCAAGGCAGAGCUGAAUGCUCAUAGAGCUGAACGCAGAAGCCAAAGACUCAGUCCAGCACCACAAGCCAUGGUGACACAUGGCAGUUGCAAAAAGCCAAGCGUAUACAAUCAGAGCUUUUUUUUUUGGUUAAAAAUGAAGUGCCGGCACUGAUAGCAUACAGCAUGAGAUUCUUAAUCUCGGGGUUGUGGAUUGGAGCCCCAGGUUGGCCAAAAGAUUCCUGCAUUGCAGGGGGUUGGGCUAGAUGACCCUCAGGGUCCCUUCCAACUCUAUAAUUCUAUCUUGGUAAAAUGACCAAGGGGCUUGUACUCUGUGGCAGUGAGUACCGUGUCAGAAAAAAGCGCUGAUUAUCGUUAAUUUACUAUUGUGAUAAAAGCACAAGCUGCCUGUUAGGAAUACACUUCUUUUUAAAGGCAAAAAGCUUUUAAAAUAACAAAUGAAAUGUGUUGGUAUCUUACUUCAACAGGAUGGAGAAGUGAUUGGCAUCAAUACAUUAAAGGUUGCUGCAGGAAUUUCCUUUGCUAUUCCUUCCGAUCGCAUUGCUCGAUUCCUGUCAGAGAAUUCUGACAAAGAAAGUAAAGGUAAAAUUUGAAAGCAAUUGUCGGGGAUUGGACCAGAGCAGGGGGUGGGGAAACCUUUUCAGAGGCAAAAAUGGGCAGAGCAACAAAUGUGAAUUUCGCCAUUUUUUUCGCCAGUAGGCUAUUUUCUAUAGAUACUCACGCACCCCUCUGCACUCUCCUCCCAGGGAUGCAAGAAGCAUUGUCAGAGUUCAGGGGCAUGGUCCAUGCAGGCAAAAACACCCAAGGAGGGUGCAAAGCGGGGCUGGUAAGGGCCUGGGGAAGGUGUGCUAUGGCCUGGGGAUGGGCCCUGAGCCUGAGGUUCCCCAUCACUGGACUAGGGAAAGAUAUUGUACUUCCAGUUUAGUGCAACCAAAGUUUAUUUUUGAUAGAAAUGCCCUAGGCCGCCUUAACAGUUCUUCAGGAUGAUAUUAUGUGGCAGCACAAUACUCUUACGUAACAGUCCUACACAUGCCUUAAAAAACAAGUCCCAUCAAUUUCGGUGGGGCUUACUUCCAGGUAAAUAGGUUUAGGAUUGCCACAUUAGAACACAGCCUCUUAGGAAAAGCAAACAUUUAGUUAUAACUAAGCGUUUGCCCCAGGCAUAGUUUAUAGCAUUAUUAAAUAAUAAUAAAUAAAGGAGUCCUCUUAUUCAGAUGAAAGAUGCUUAAACAAAGUCUUUCAUAUCUGCAGUGAUAAGAUGGAUGUUGGCAUGACGUUAUUGUGCUACUCCUGAAACUGUUUGCGCUCAGGGAGUUUGUGCAUGUACUGCAAUAUGCAUGAUUAUAAUAGCAUAUUAUCACAAUUGUGUUAUCGAGAUCAUAUAUCGUUUUGAGACUGGAACUGAUCCUCGGUUUUCCUGCCCAAGUGCUUUUCCACAUGCAUCCCAUUGCAAGUGCUAUUUGAUAUAAAUAUGCUUUUAUGUUAUGGCUGUAUCAUCUGUUGGCAGAACAGUUUGCCAGCUCAAAUGACAUUAAAAUGGUCUAAUAGUCCAUCUGAGCACCACCACUAUUUAGGGACCACAAGUGCUGCUACUUCCCCUCUUCAGCCUCUGCUAUGCGAAGAGAAAGAAGCUGGGUCCUCUUGCUUUCUCACUAGUGGUCCCUAUCCUGUUUUCCGUCCCACUGGACCCUUCCCCUCACUCUCUCAGACUUCGCUUUUCCUCCUUCUGUGUUGAGCCUACAAUGAUGACUAUUUUUCCAUGUGUGAAAUUGACUAGUACCUUACUAGUGCAGCUUAGGGCAUGGUAAGUAGCUGGGCUCCUUUCAAAUCUUACAUAUCACUCGUCUGCAUUCUGUCCUAGCUGACUGCCUUAAUUUCCUUCCUUUCUAACCCCCCACCUUUGAUUUCUUCACACGCUUUUAGUAGCAAGUGCUCCUCCAGGCUGCCAGACAGAAAGCACUGGGGGCUGCUUAUCCACAGAACAGGCACAGCACAAUAAGCUGUUGCGCCAGCUUUUCCUGUGUUGCUGCCGCUGAACUGAAUCGAUUCAGUUCUCAUGUUGGAUUGACAAUGAAGUGCUAGAACUGUGUGUUGAGGCUCGUAAAGAUGUCAGUAUUAAUUGCUCUUGGAAUUGUUAUUACUCAUAUUUCAGUAUCUGCCUGUGAGUAUGAAUUAGAUACAAAGUGUGGCAUUAAACAUAAUUGAAGCAUUUUUAAUGGUUACGUAAUUUCUGAUAUUAUUUCCACCAACUCUGGAAAAACUCAGCCUCCAGCUGCAAAAGUAAUUAUGGUCCCUAUCUGGGGCACAUUUUAAUAAUUAUAAAAUAUAAAAUACAAUGCACAGAUGGUUAUAACCAAGUCCCCUUCUCCGCCCCCCCAACCUCAGCAUCCAGUUUGUCCCUUCCACGUGGCCCCAGCUGUUGGAUCAGUGGAGGAAGAGGUCACAAAAUAUCUAUUUGCACAUACAUUUCCUCAUCCAGCUGUAGUUACGAGAGUGGAAGCAGGGUUGGUUAGAUCAUUAUUUGAAGCACAAGUCACCAGAGUAAUUCUCCACUAAUAAUAGAAGUCCCUGCUGUUGCAGGAAAAGGGCAUGAAAAAUCACUAAGAAAAAUCCCUUUCUGGACUCCUAACACUUCACAACUGGAAAACCACAAAAUAUCCUCUAUUAAUUGCCCAGCUCCAUCUUUGAUCCUUGCUGCUCUGUUUCAGAAACAUGAGUUCCUCAUUUCCUUUUUCCUACUUACUCUAGAAGCAACAUGGGAAGUAAUUAGGAGCAACAUUAUGCACUAAUGACUAUGGGUCACAUCCAGUGCUGCACUUGCAGAGUCCUACUCAGCCACCAGGACUUCCUCUCCCUGCCCACCUCCAGAUAUGCCCCGGAAGGUCCUCCAGCCUUCUGGAGCAGAUUUUGAGGGUGCAUGGGGGAGUCUGCCAGGGAGAAGAGAGGAGUGAAAAGUUCUGCUGUGCAAGCAGAAGUCUGCUGUGUUAACAGAAUAGUUGUUUUGGUUACGACCACGUAUGUCUCUCUGUGUGUACAUGUACGUACGUACACACAUGCUGAAACCAACCCAUUAGAAAACAUAAAUCCUAUUUAAGAACCUAUAGGGGCUAUUCUCACCCCCAAAAGCCAAGCCAAAUUAGAAACAGUAAAAGCUGAUGCUUCUUUGGGAAAAUACUCAGCCUUGUUCUUUUGCAGACAUUAAAGCGAAUGAAAUUCUGCAGCUGGCUGGUGGUCACUAAGUGUAUAUAUGAAGUACAUAUGAUAGAAUUAGGAAGGAGCCUUGCCAGUCUUAUUUUUUAUUUAUUUUAUUUACAAUGUUCUACGCUGCUUUUUUGCACAAGUGCCUAUUCAAAAUGACUUACAAUAAAAAAAAUGCCUAGAAGGCAACUUGAAAGUUUUCCUCCUACCAUACUAAUGGGUAUAGGGAUGCAGGUCGUGCUGUGGUCUCUUGGGCUUGCCAAUCAGGUUGGCAGUUCAAAUCCCCGCGAUGGUGGUGAGCUCCUGUUGCUCUGUCCCAGCUCUUGACCACCUAGCAGUUCGAAAGCUAGGUGGUCGAUAAACAGCUAGUGCAAGUCGAUAAACAGGCACUGCUGCAGGAAGAAGGUAAACGGCAUUUCCGUUCACUCUGGCUUCCGACAUGGUGUCCUGUUGCACCAGGAGCGGUUUAAUCAUGCUGGCCACAAGACCCAGAAAGCUGUCUGUGGACCAACGCCGGCUCCCUCGACCUGAAAAGUGAGAUGCGUGCCUCACCCCAGAGUCGCCUUUGACUGGACUUAACCACCUUUGCCUUUUACCUUUUUUACUAAUAGAUACCAUCCCCCAUACCUCUUGUGCUGCUAUUGAGCUUUUUACUAUUAAACUUAGUAAAAAGCUUAAUAGCAGCGUGGUGUUGAAUCAUCAGAGUCUCAGGGGAGAGAAUAUGAGGACUGGAUGUUGGCAGGUGUUAAAUAUUCACAAAAUGCUUGAGUUAUAUGCGUCAUUAGUUAUUUAGAAAGCUGUCCUUUCCAUGCCAGGGAAAGGAGGGAGGGAAGCGGGCAGACAAAAGGGGGGUGGGGAGAGAGAAUGAGAAUUCUUCUGCCUCCCACCCCCAUUCACAACCCUUCACCUUGUCCAUUAUGAAAUACCAUACAUUGGUAAUGUUCACUCUUGCAGACUGGAUGUGUGUGUGUGUUUAAGUGCAUUCGUUUUAGGAAAGACGCACCUGUCUGUAUGCCCAGUUUGACAAAAUGGGAAUGGAAGGUGGGCAAGUACUUUUUGUGAGGAGAGGACAAGCACUCACCACAUGCAUAUAUCCUCUCAACGCCCACCCAGUAGUGUGAAUGAGAAACAUUGGCUUAGGAAUCAAAAGGCAGAAAAUUAAAUCUGCUUUUUGGUGUGGAACCCUUGCACCAAUGUGCACGUGGAAAAUUCGGACCUGAGGUACCCAUUGUGUGAGAAAACACCUCCACAUGGAAACAGCCCUCGUUUUAGGGCCAAACCACAUAAGACAUUUGCUCUUCUGUCCAUUUCAGUCUCUCUUUAAACAGAGCUGUGAGUCCCCCAAAUGGUAUUGGCACCAGGGAACAGGAGGCCCUUUUCUCAGUAUAAAGCCUGUCCGCCAUGUCACAGGUUUCCUGGUGGGGGAAGUAGCAGCCAGAGAGGGUUCUUGUACCAGAAAAAGGUGGAGAGUAUUGACACUCUUCUCAGCACUGUGCUCCCCGCCUAAUUUGCAGGGCCCUGUGGCUGUUUUUAAAGCAAAGUUUAAACAAAGCCUCACUGUCAGUCAUCCCCUUGUGUUGGGGACAGGGCACCUUCCCUGCUCUGAGGUCAUACAGAGAAAUAAAGGUUUGAGAACUGCUGCAGAUAACCACCUUAUCGGUGGUUGUCACCGAUGGAAGCGAAGGCUCAGAAAAAGCUCAAUGUGGAGGCCAAAUGGCCGAAAUAUUGGGAAAUUUUGGAACAAGAGGGAGACAGAUUGAAAUUGCAGAGUUUUGAAAAACUAAAAAACAAAGUGCAAGAUUGGCUUCAUUAUUAUCAGAUAAUGGAGGCAUAUAAUUUGGACAAGAAAAUUGGCUUCCAGGUGGAAAAAUCAAAAUUGGAAACAGAACUGUUAGAACCCAAAACCAAGAUUUUGUCAAAGAUGUAUAACUUGCUGUUGAAAUGGAAUACUCAGGAUGAAACGGUGAAAUCUGCUAUGAUUAAAUGGGCACAAGAUGUUGGUCAUAACAUAAUGAUGGCUGACUGGGAACAGUUAUGGACCACAGGUAUGAAGUUUACAGCAUGUAAUGCCUUAAGAGAGAAUAUUAUGAAAAUGAUUUACAGGUGGUACAUGACACCAGUCAAGCUUGCAAAAAUCUAUCAUUUGCCCGAUAAUAAAUGUUGGAAAUGCAAAGAAACUGAAGGUACAUUCUUUCACCUUUGGUGGACGUGCCCAAGGAUUAAGGCUUUCUGGGAGAUGAUUUAUAAUGAAAUGAAAAGGGUAUUUAAAUAUACCUUUUUGAAGAAACCAGAGGCCUUUCUCCUGGGCAUGGUUGACAAUUGGUGCUAAAGAAGGAUAGAACUUUCUUUAUGUAUGCUACAACAGCAGCAAGAAUACUUAUUGCAAAGUAUUGGAAGACACAAGAUUUACCCACUCUGGAAGAAUGGCAGAUGAAGGUGAUGGACUAUAUGGAACUGGCGGAAAUGACUGGCAGAAUCCGAGACCAGGGAGAAGAGUUGGUGGAAGAAGAUUGGAAGAAAUUUAAAGACUAUUUACAGAAAUACUGCAAAAUUAAUGAAUGUUAGAAUGAUGUUGGACUGAAGUUAAGUGGUUUUAAGCAGCAAUGUUAAAAGGAAUAUGUAAAAAUGGAUUGUUAACAGGUGAAAAUUUAAAGUUAUUAUAUUUUAAGAUAAGAGAUUAAGAUCAAAUUAAAGAGGGAAAGGAUUUGCUGAUCUAACUAAUUUGAACUGGAAUACAAAAAGGGAGGUGUGAGGAGGUCGGGGAAACAAGCACAUGAAAGAUAAGACAUGGAAAGACCAAUCUGUUUUUUUAUUGUUUUUUAUCUUGUAUUUUUACUUUUUUCUUCUAUUUUUUUUUCUGUAAUUCUUUUUUCGUUUUUUUUGCAUAUUUUGUAAUAUGUUGAAACCUUAAUAAAUAUCUUUUUUUUAAAAAAAAAGAGAACUGCUGCAGAUAUAGAACUGCUUGCCCUUUCAAGAAAGCACUUUGGAGACAGGUUUUACCUUAGGCGAAAUAGAUCAUGUAUAUAAACUUUGUAAGUCGUAAGGUCUAAAAAUAGGAAGCUGCCACAUAGUUUAGAAACUUGGCAGAUUGUCUGGCCUUUCCGUAAGCUUUCCUAACAACCUGAUGUUAUGAAUUGGCUUGAACUGCUGCCUGGGGAGAUUGGUUUGUGCCGCCACACACACAUACACACCAACUUGGACUUCUCUGCCCUCCUUCCCUUAUGGCCAGGGAAGAGAGGUGCAGAGCCCUUAAGACGCUGCCUGAGGGAGGAAAUGCCAGGCCUUGGUCUCAGCCCCAUUAUGGAGCACACCUGAGCCCUGGGAGGGCUGGCACUUGAGCUGGGCCAGCCCUGGCCAUUGGGGACAUUUCUGUGAAGACCUUCUUAUGUUGACAGGGCAUGGCAGCUGUUUCCUUUUAAACUUUUUUUAAAUUACCGUAUUUUUCGCUCCAUAAGACACACUUUCCCCCUCCUAAACAGUAAGGGGAAAUGUGUGUGCAUCUUAUGGAGCGAAUGCAGGUGGGAGGCAGGUGGGUAAAGAGCUCUUGGGGGCUAUUCCCGAGGAGGGAGAAGGGACUGACUGGCUGUGUCAGUCCCUUCUCCCUCCUCGUAGAAAAGCCCGCAGGUGCCGUGCUCCCUUUAAAGAGCGCAUGGCUGUUGCUGGCUUUUGUGGGAGCUGGGGGAAGUGACAGAGGGCAGCCCCUCAGUCCCUUCCCCACCUCCCAAAAAAGCCCCCAAGAGCCGCACUCCCUUUCACUAGCCGCGUGGGGCUUUUCCCCUGAGGAGGGAGAAGGGCAGCCCAUCAGUGAGGGCUGCCCUUCUCCCUCCUGGGGAAAACCCUGCAAGCGCCGCAUACAUGCUCCACGCGGCUUGUGAAAGGGAGCGCUGAGCAGAGCCUGGGAUGCAUACAGGUUCUGCUCAGCGCUCCCUUUAAAAAUAUUUUUUUUCUUGAAUUCCCCCUCUAAAAACUAGGUGCACCUUAUGGUCAGGUGCGCCUUAUGGAGCGAAAAAUACAGUAGCCGGGCAUUUUAAUGAUUAUCUGCAUUGGUUUUAAUGUUUUGACGCUGUACACUGUUCUUUUAUUUUAUUAUACAGCGGCAUAGAAAUACUUUUAAAAAUAAAUAAAAUUUACAGUAUGUUGCUGAGAAACCUGUCUUAAAGAGAUGGCCUAUGGCACAAACUUUGGUCAUUUUAUAUGCCAUGUAGAGGUUUUUAUGUAAUUCUGUUGUGUUUUAUGUUACUUUGUGCUUUGGAACGUUUUAAAAACGCUAAUUAGGCUUUCAUUUUUAUUCCAGAUAUGAAAAAAAGGUUUAUUGGAAUAAGGAUGCUGACAAUAACACCUGCGUAAGUCUCUCUUGGUGUACUGAACUACAGAACACCCAGAGCUGCAUUCGUGUAUAUAAUUCCAGUUGAAAUAAGCCCAUCUCCCAUGUGCAGAAUUGUAACCCUGGGCCCAAAUCCAGUUGUAGCCAGGGGCUGAGAAUCAUGUGUAACAACUGGUGGACCAGAUGAGCAUUCUCAUUCACAUCAAAAAGAAGCAUUGCAGGCAUCUGGGGUCAGCAUUUUCAGGCAACGACCAAUGCCAUAAUGCCUCAGGAAGGCUCAUUGGCACUACCUCCUGACCUGUUGUGUAGGAAGAGGAGCAUCUGGGCAGCUGCCCUCCUUCCCUCAGUGGCACUGCACCCCUGCUGGCACGCAUAGCCUCUCUUUUGCAGCUACUGCCCAGAAUAGGAAAGCCUGCUGUUGUGUUGUGGCACCAACUGACAGCCCAAGUAGACCGGCAGGAGAGGUGAGUGAGCAGCAGCAGCAGCAGUACCAGGUACUGGGAGAUGCUGGCAGCAGUGGGGAUUGGACCACAGGUCUCAUCCUCACAUCUGUCCAGAGAGAGAGGACAGGUAAAGUUCAUCUCCUGUACAUCUGAGGGUGCAAGUGAUGAAGGUGGUAAGGAGGUGCCACAGCCUCUUGGGAGAGAGCAGAGCAAGCAUGGACUGCAGCCGCUCCUCUCUGCUCUGCCUAACUGCUCAUUUUGGCAAGCAGUGAGGAACAUCUGUGUGGGAAUGUUCAGGGUGACAGGAGAGGAUAUAUUGUUUAUUAAUAUCCUUCCUAACUUGUGCUAGCAAGUUCCUUUACUUAGCAGAGUUACAUUCCCCUUUUUACACGCACAGCAGAUAGCUGGUUGCAGGCUUGUGUGAGCCUCUCACUAUUAUACAAUUCAGUCUGUCUCAGAUUGAAUUGUACAUUCCUAGUAAGUUUCCUUGAUUCCCUCUUAGAAGAAUAAAGACACCACAAUCUUAUUCAAAGUCAAUAAAAGAAGUUUACUUACAUCAGUUCACAGUUGGAUUCCUGAAGGCAGACUUAGUUACAAAUAUGUACCGUAUUUUUCGCCCUAUAGGACGCACCUAGAUUUGGGGGGGGGGAUAAAGGGGAAAAAAAUUAUUUUUCCCCCCCCCAGGCGCGGGGCUGGGGCGGGGGAAGCCCGAGCUUCCCCCUCCCCCAGCCCCCAGAGCGGACCCAGAGCGAUGCCGAAGCUGCGUGCAGCUUUGGCAUCGCUCUGGGAGCUUGCGGGGCUGGAGGAGGGGGAAGCCCUCCGCCAGCCUUCUAACCAAGUCGGGGGACAGCGGGAAAGGCGCGCUGCGCCUCCCGCUGUCCCCCGAGUUUGCGGGGCUGGCGACGGGGAGGAGCAGGCUUCUCCCCCCGCCAGCCUUCUAACCAAGUCGGGGGACAGUGGGAAAGGCGCGCUGCGCCUCCCCGCUGUCCCCCGAGCUUGUGGGGCUGGCGGUGGGGCUCUCCAGGCUUCAGCGAAGGCCUGCAUUCGCCCCAUAGGACGCACACACAUUUCCCCUUCAUUUUUGGAGGGGAAAAAGUGCGUCCUAUAGGGCGAAAAAUACGGUACAUGUGGAUCUACCCCAUAUGGGGGAAUAAACCCAGUGCUUCUGCUAGCUGAGAGCUUGCAAAGCAGUCCUAGCUAAAAGCUGGUCAAACGAAGAAGGAAGUCAAAAAGAGGGAGGUGUGCUGCAUGACUCGUCCCUUUGUUACCUGGACAGGUUAGGUCACGCCCGCCUUCUAUCACAUGCAAAAAGAAGGAUGCUCCAGCCAGGAGGAACAGGAAGUUUUGACUGGCUGGACCAAACAUUCCCUUUUAUGUCUUCUCUAGCAUUUCAAGGAAUGUUGUACUUGACUGCUUCUCAUGGAUCACAUCCCACAGUCUGCAGCAGCAGCUGCUGCCUCCCAUCUCAGUCAGGAAGAGGAGGAGAAGCUGCCAUUGCCUUGUUGAAGGGGGUGGCCACAAGAAGCUCGCCUGACCACAGACAAUAACCUUGGACUACUUGAACGAGGGUGUGGAUGCGCAUCCACAGUGUCUGCAGAAGGCAGCUUAUGCAUGUGGAUGCCUCUUAUACGUGUGCAUGGAUGUGUGUAGCUAGGCUGUGAUUUUAUGUUUUAUUAGAGACACUCCUGAGUUUAUAAUGACUAAGGACCAAAGUUCACAUGACAUGUAGUUUGCCCCCAGUAUUUUUCCUUUUACAAAAUUAAGGGUGCCAUCUAAAGUGGAAGAUAAGCACAGAGGAUAAGAGACUUCUUAAUCCUUGACCACUCAGGUUUUCCUGAUUAAAAACAAUAGUACACACCCCAAAAGUUGCUUGUCUCAGGGCAGAACCAGCUGGGAGGGGAGUGGUUUUUUGGCAGAAAAGAACUGUAGGCUCAUAGUCCAUUUUAGAUCACAGUCUCUGCAACUGCAUUUUGUAAAAUAAAAUAUAAAAAGCUGUUGGGAGACACUCCCCACAAGUGACUGUAGACAACACAUUGGAACAGCUGAUCCAACAGCCAGUUUAUUUGUGGAAAUAGUUUCCCAGGCAAGAUUACGUGUGAGCUGUGUACUGUGAUAAGAGGGGCUUGCAGCGAUUCCUCCACAAGAAAGCUGUGAUCUUCCAUUGUGGUGUUGAGGCUUCUGGGGAUAACUUUGGGUUGCUGAGAGAAACAGAACACAAUUUUUUAAAAUUAAACAAAAUUGGCAAGAAGUUCCUAUGCAGCUGCAGGGUGGUAUUGGCAGCAGCAGAAUCCUUUGUCUACUGCAGAUACUUGGAACUCCCUGAACACCCUGUUAGGAUGUUCCCCAAUUCCCUGAGACUCCUGGGCUCUUCACAGGCCCCUCAAGGCCCAGCAGCUGAUGAGAAACAGCUUAUUUCAGCAAACUCCAAAAAGGAAUGCCAGCCAGCAGCACUGCCAAGUCUGAGGGGUCCCUUGGCAAGGUGACCUCUGGGUGCCACCCUGAUUUCUCUGCAGUCCUUUCGCCUCACUGCCCUUCCUCUGCCAGGCAGCAAGAAAGGGCCCCCAUUCCUUGUUUAUGUGGGUGGGCAGAGUGAAAAAUACAUUCUCCGAAGGAUGGCUUAGGCAGCAGCCUCUUAUUAAUGCUGAAGUAGCUUGCUUUUGAAUUCUGGUGCUGGAGGAGACUCUUGAGAGUCCCAUGGACUGCAAGAAGAACAAACCUAUCCAUUCUUAAGGAAAUCAGCCCUGAGUGCUCACUGGAAGGACAGAUCCUGAAGCUGAGGCUCCAAUACUUUGGCCACCUCAUGAGAAGAGAAGACUCCCUGGAAAAGACCCUGACGUUGGGAAAGAUGGAGGGCACAAGGAGAAGGGGACGACAGAGGGCGAGAUGGUUGGAUAGUGUUCUCGAAGCUACCAGCAUGAGUUUGACCAAACUGCGGGAGGCAGUGGAAGACAGGAGUGCCUGGUGUUCUCUGGUCCAUGGGGUCACGAAGAGUCGGACACGACUAAACGACUCAACAACAACAAAGCUUUACCUCUCUGCACACAAACCUCAGUUGAUGCUGCACAGGCUACACAGUGGGAAUCACUUGAGCAGCACAUGCCUGGAAGCGUCAUGGCUGGUGGCCUCAUUCUGAUACAAAAUAUGAAUAACUGUCAUUUUAUCGUCCACCCAGUUUGCUUUAAUGGCAGCAGGAAAAGGCUCACUUUCCUGAACCCCAGAGGUUUAUAGUCAACAAAGUUGGCCCGUCAGACUUCUGCCUGCACUCCAGGACUUUCUCUCCCUCUCCUCUCCCCAUGCGUACUCCCCCAGCCCCCAUAUCUGUUCAGAGAAUUUUCCCCAACCCUCUGAUGCAGAUUUGAGCAUCAGAGGAGAGAAAGUCCCAUUGCUCAGCUGGAAGUUCUUGCACUAAUGGGGCAGCUUUGUUGGAUACAACCCAAAAUAUCCAGAGAUGGGAGUGGGGAGGGAUGGGCUCAUCCUCAUCCUCUCGCACUUUGAGAAGAAAUAGUGCUCCUAAUCUUCCAGACACCCAGUAAGCUUUUCUCAACCCUUCCUUCCAAAAAACCAGAGGAGCUCUGCAGCAAAGUCCACCUGCCCCUUCCUGCAUGAGUUUCCCUCUCUCUGGGGUACUACAUCUGUUCCCAGAAGCUGAAUGUUACAACCAUUUUUUUCAGAAAAGCUACUCAUCCACCUCGCCUUUCACCAAGAGGCCACAUAAACAGCCUGUGUCUUACAAGUUUCACUUGCACUGCUAACUUCCAUUUAACACAAUACUGCAAAGUUGUUUUAAAAUGUUAAUUCAUGGAGGUAGAAAUUCUGAAUUCUUCAAAAGCUGCAGCAGCAAUAGUAAUACAAUGAUUCAAUUUUGGUAAUAUUUGUGCUUCUUUUCUUUCUUUUUUUUAGACUAGUGGAAGAACUUAAGCUCGAUGAUCCAGAUUUUCCAGAUGUCAGUAGUGGAAUUUAUGUGCAUGAAGUUGUUCCAAAUUCUCCAUCUCAGAGGUAUAUUGGUCACAAUCCAGAAGCAGUUGCUUAAAACAUGCUAAAUCCAGCAUAAACUCAGAGGCACAAUUAGAUUCAAGGUUCAACUUGUGUUGACUGAUUUUUAUUUUUUAACCGUCUAAAAAAACUUGUAAUGAGAGCCCUGCUUUCUUUUUCUGGAGUUGUAUAUCCAGUGGUAUUUCAUUUUUAAGUAUUAUUCUUAAAGUCUCAGUUGUAUUAGAUUUCAAACCACGUAGGAGAAGUCUGUAAUAUCUGUGCUUAUUUUUGUUUUUUGUUCUAAUAUUGUUUUUAAUGCUGUAACCCACCCUGGGACCUUAGGCUACAGGGUGGGUUGUAAAUAACAAUAACAAUAACAAUUCAUUGUAAGAUGCUUUGGGAGUGUUUAAGAUAAAGGUAAAGGUACCCCUGACCAUUAGGUCCAGUCGCAGACGACUCUGGGGUUGCAGCGCUCAUCUCUCUUUAUUGGCCGAGGGAGCCGGUGUACAGCUUCCGGGUCAUGUGGCCAGCAGGACUAAGCUGCUUCUGGCGAACCAGAGCAGCACACGUAAACACCGCUUACCUUCCUGCCGGAGCACCUAUUUAUUUACUUGCACUUUGACGUGCUUUUGAACUGCUAGGUUGGCAGGAGCAGGACCAAGCAACGGGAGCUCACCCUGUCGCAGGGAUUCGAACCGCCGACCUUCUGAUCAGCAAGCCCUAGGCUCUGUGGUUUAAACCACAGCGCCACCCGCGUCCCUCUUGGGAAUGUUUAGGGGAGGUCAAAAUGUUUUAAUAAAUAAAUUUGUUUGUGGGUUUUUUAAAAAAAUUAAGGAUGGACUUUAGCUUAUUACUGUUUCUCUUUUGCCAUCACAGAGGUGGGAUUAAGGAUGGAGAUAUCAUUGUUAAGGUGAAUGGGCGUCCAUUGGAGACUUCUGCUGACCUACAAGAUGCAGUAAUGACUGAAUCACCGCUACUACUUGAAGUUAGAAGGGGAAACGAUGACUUGUUGUUUAACAUAGAACCUGAAGUGCUUAUGUAAAACAAACUGAGGAAGAUCAUUGCAACACAAUUAAACUCAUUUAUUCUGGAACAUCAGAUACCUCCUUUACAAUGUUAGUAAUAGCACCUUGUGUUGACUGAUGACAAGGUGGAUUGACAUAACUGCCUGAGCCGGGGCUGUACCUGACAGUCAACAACCUCACUACUUCAAGAAAAGUUCCUUUUGGUAGUUCUGCAUAUUGAAUUUCAUAUAGUGUACGACUGCUGUAUAUGAAAGCAGUGAAAUGUAGAAAAAUGAUUCUUAUAGAAUUAUUGCCUGAUAUAAAAGCAAAACAAUGUGCUAAAACUUUGAGAAAGUGCACAAUUUUUCAGGGUUUUUAAAAUGAUUUUUUUUCAUUGUAUUAAGAAAGCAUUAUUGUACAAAUUGUAUACUUAUGACAAGUACUGUAUGUUCUACUGUACAAAGAUUAAAGUUUACACAACUG